AUGUCUAAUAAAAAAUACAAUGAUCUGUGGAAAUCAACGCAAGCUGAUCUAGAGAAGCUUCUUGAAGAAGAAUUAAUAGAAACUUCUGCAUUAUCGGAUCAAGAGCGUCUUAAGGCAAUUCGCAAGAGUUCUGUUUUAUAUUUAAAAUACAUCAAAGUUUCUAAUAAGCUGAUUGAUUGCCAUAGAAAUAUUCUGCAACCACAGAAAAGAAAUUUGCUGCAAAAACUAAUCGAUAAUUGCAUUGGUCGUGUUUUGGAACUAAAGCAUGAACUCGUCGGAUUAGAAUUUUCAGAAAUUCAGUUUUUGGAUGAAGUUCUAUUAGAACUAAAAAUGGUUCCUAGUGAAAUGGAUAUCAAAAUCCCGAUGUAUUUCUAUGAUAAAAGUACAGAAGAACAAGAAAAGCACGCUUUAAUUGUUGAAUUAUUGAAGUACAUAACAAAGGAAACGUCAAUUAAGCAUUGGGGAACUCAAAGAAUGAGCGUGAAAGAAGCGGUGUCUUUGAUCUUGAAUCAUGACAGAGCAAGACGAGGAAGAAUGGCUUUUCUGGAUGCCCAAAGACUUUUUGAAAUAAAAGAGGAAAACAGAUUGAAAGAAUGUAGAAAAAAUUUGAAAGAAGAAAUUGCGCAGGAUGUAGCAGCAACAAGAAUACAAAGAGCAUGGCGAUGGUUUAUUUUUCACAAGAAGUUUAGAACGAUUUACGAUGCAGAAAUGAAUCUUUUGGGAAUGCAACCAUCUGUUGCUGACAAAGUUGAAAGAUUCCAUGCAUUGCAACAAUUGAAAGAACUGCAGAGAAAUCGCCGAGCAUUGAUACUGAAAAAUGAAGCUGAAUAUUUAGAUGCCAUUAAAGAUAUCAAAAAAGGGAUUGAAACAUUCAUCGCUCCUCAGGCUAUGGAAGAUUUAAGGAGCAAAAUUCGAUCUUACUUUGAAGAUUACAGGAAAGAACACGGUGAAUAUCCGUCUUUUCCCUCUGAAGAAGAAGGCGGCUCAUCUGUUUUCCUGAAAGAUGUUAAAGAAAAUGAUCAGGAAAAGGCCAAAGAAGGCGCAUCUAAGGAGAAAGCUAUUGAGAGGAAAGAAGUUAAAGAAUCGGGAGAGAAGGAAGAUUCAAGUGGCUAUGUGUUGAAGACAUCCAAAUAUGUUCCUGAAUUGUGUUCACUGACUAAAGAAUAUAAUAAUAUUUGGAAAGAGCGACAACCUCUCGGAUUUUUUGAUAAAUUUGAUGAAGACAUGAUUAGAAAAGAAGCUAUGACUGAAAUGGAAUUGCGAGUACGAUUAAUUGUCGAUAAGGAUAUGAGAGAAGAGUUACAUCGAUUAAUCGAAGCUUAUGAAAAAGACUUGGGAAAGAAAGGAAAAAAAGGUGGUAAGAAAGGAGGUAAAAAAGAUAAAGGUAAAAGCAAAGGAAAAGGAAAAAAGGAGAAAGAUUUAACUCCAAAUAGGAGUUUUGAAUCCCUGGUAGAAGAACUAAUCAAAGAAAAAAUUAUCAUUAGUUAUCCCAAGUUUUUUUUGACUGACUUCAUCGGAGAUUACAAUUAUGCGGGAUCUGUCUUAGAAUCAGGUAGUGAUCCAGAAAAAGAUCCUGUUCCUUGCCUGGCUGACAUAAGACGACUUGUCAACGAGUACUGCAUUCUUCCCAUGGGGUCAUCCUACAUACAUUCUAAAGGAACUUAUGUGAAAUCAAUAUUGUUUGCUGGACCACACGGUGUAGGAAAGAAGUCUUUGAUCCAUGCGAUUUGCAAUGAAAUUGGAGCUAUAUUGAUGGACUUGUCAGCAGAAAACGUAAAUGGGAAAUAUAUUGGAAAAGAAGGUUUGGACAUGUUGAUGCACUUGAUUACGAAAGUUGGAAAGCUUGCCCAACCAGCUGUUAUUUAUAUCGGAGACGCCGAAAAUUAUUUCUGGAAAAAGCAAGCUACGACAAGCGUUUUGGUUGAAGCUCAACGCCUGAAAAAAGAACUGCCCAAACUAAUCAAGGGAAUAGGAAACGAUGAUAGAAUUAUGAUUUGCGGAACAACUGUCACACCGUUUGACGCAGACCUGAAAAGUUUGAGUUCUUGCUACAAUAAAGUCAUUUGUAUUUCCAAACCUGAUCACAACUGCAGAAGAGCUUUAUGGAGUGAAAUGAUACUCAAUAGAAGAGGAAUUAUCACUCCAGAAAUGGGUUUGAGUACUCUGUGUGGAGUUUCUGAAGGUUUCACUGCUCCUCAUAUUAAGAGCUCUGUUGAGCAGGCCAUAGCACCCGAAUUCCGGAGAGACCUUCACCAGGCACGUCUCUAA